UAUGAGUGUUUUAAAACUUUUAACACAAUAAUAAGUACAUAGUUUGAUGAACGUUUUUUUGACAUAUAUAAAUAAUUUGAAGUUUGAUUUAACUAUUUAAAAUCAUUAAUAAUAACUUAAUUUGUGACUAAGUUCAAAACAAUUUUUUUUGCUUUUAUUUUAAACCAAUUUAAGUUUAAUCCGUGAAACACUAUAGCUUCAGUUGGUGACCACUAGAAGAAUGAAAAAAAUGAACAAAAUAAAAAAUAAAAUUUUGGAAUUGAAAAAAUAAAAAAAUAUGAAUUUUUGUUCAAUUUGUUCCUUAUCAAAAUUGCAUAGGAAAAUUUUUUUCUUGUAAAUUCAUUCCUCCCUGGGAAAUUUAAAAGAAAAAAAUGAGAUCUACCUUUCAAUAAUUUGACUAAAAUUUCAACAUAACUGGUAUAAAUUUUGAGGAACAAAGAAUUUACCAUAAUAUUUUUCCUUCAACAUGUUCACCAAUUAGAGUUUUAUAAUGCGGAUUUUUGGAUUAAUAAGACAUGCCCGCAUGUGCGGGCAAAACACCUAGUAUAUAUAUAUUUCAUCAUAAAUUUAAUAAAAUAGUACUUAUAGUUUUUUUAUAAAAAAAAAAUAUUAAUUUUAGAUGUCGAUAAUUUGUUUGCCAAAGAACCUAUAAAAUUAUUUUGCUAGCCCUGCAACAAAUUGUGUAUUUAGAACAGAAACAUAUAAACCAAAGAUAAGAGAGUUCAAAAUCCAUAGCAGCAUACGCAUACGUAAUAUUUCAAGUCUAACGAAACAUGGCUUUUGAUCAUUUGAUCAAGAAAAAAAAAAAGAAAAAACGAAACAUGGCUAGUUAAUGACCCAUAAUAAGAUGUUAAAAUUAGGUUAAAGCUGAAGAAUCAACGACAUGAAGUGAAAGAACAUGUGCUCUAUACCAAUCUCCCGAUUGAAAAAUCUCGCUUAGAUUUAAACGAAAACUUUCGAUCAGGGCCCCAAAAACGUUUUUCUUAGGCAAGGUUUGUCAACUCGUGUUGUUGCGCAAUAGAAAAAACAUGUGGUUUUGUCGUGGCUUGCGACAUUAAAUUUUGAAUCCUUGCCCUGAGGAAGGGAUAAUUAUACUAUUAAGGUUUUUGUGACUUCCAAACCUUAUGACUAACGAAGCGGACAGUUUUAGAAAUGUCUAUUGCUACGUUGAUUGCAUACAAAUAUCAGUCACAAAAAUACUAAAAUCUAAAUAACAAACUGAUUUCUUUUCCGCUGUAACUAUAAUGUUCAUUAGUCAAACGAAUGUUGAAGGAGUUUCUCAGAUUCACUUCUCAAUCUCAGAAGUUAUUUUUGGCCAAAAGGUCGAGAAAGGUUUAAUGUAAGUAUUGUUAUUACACAAAAUAUAUUUUAGAAUAAAAAUUAGGGUAGUUAAUGAAGAGUAAAAUGUAUGUAAAUCAACUAUUUAUUCAAUAAUAUAUUUUGUUUACUUCGUAAAUAUAUUUUUGUCCCAAACCUAUAAGGUUUUAUGACUCCCAAACCUAUAAGAUUUGUUAUGACUUUAUUAAAUAAAACCCUCAAUGUGUUGCAUUAUUAAAGCUUGAUGGUUCACAUUACUUUCCUCACAAGAUUCUCUCUCUUUCUUCUUCUUCUUCUCUCUCUUUUUGUCCUCUUUCCCAAACUCUUUCGAAUCUUCUCUUCGAUUCUCUCCAUCUUCUUCUUUUUGGUUUCUCCGUCGGUGAAGAGUAUAACAACAGCAGCCACCGAUGAGAAGCUCACCGUCCAAGAACGAGCCAGGAGGUGGGCAUUCUCGCAAUUUCACGAACUGGUCUCCCUUUGUCAAGUCCUCCGGUUUUGGAAUAUCUCCCAACAGAUCCUACGCCCUCCUCUCCUUACUCACCCUACUCAUCGUCGGCGCGUUUAUCUCCACGCGCAUCCUACUAGACCCCACCGUUCUGCUAGAGAAAGAGGCCGUCACGACAAAGACUAGAUCACAUACGAUAUUCCCAAAAUACCCUCCUCCGACUCCAGUAACUACACAAAGCCCUAAACCCGAGUUCACACUACACUGCUCCGCCAACGACACCAAUGCAACGUGUCCAAGAAACAACUACCCGGCCACGGAGAGCUUCGGAGAAGAUGCUCCGACCGCCACGUGUCCGGAUUACUUCCGAUGGAUCCACGAGGAUCUCCGUCCCUGGGCGAAGACAGGGAUCACGAGGGAGGCACUGGAGCGGGCCAGGAAGACUGCGAAUUUCCGGUUAGCGAUCGUCGGCGGGAGAGUCUACGUGGAGAAGUUUCAGGAUGCGUUUCAGACGAGAGAUGUGUUCACCAUCUGGGGAUUCUUGCAGCUUCUAAGGAAGUACCCUGGGAAGAUUCCUGAUCUCGAGCUCAUGUUUGACUGCGUUGACUGGCCGGUCGUUAGAGCUUUGGAUUUCGCCGGAGUCGACGCGCCGUCGCCUCCGCCGCUGUUUCGGUACUGCGGAAACGAGGAGACGCUCGAUAUAGUGUUUCCUGAUUGGUCCUUCUGGGGGUGGUCGGAAGUGAAUAUAAAGCCAUGGGAGAGUUUGUUGAAGGAACUAAGAGAAGGGAACCAGAGGAGCACUUGGAUAAACAGAGAGCCUUAUGCUUAUUGGAAAGGGAAUCCAUCUGUGGCCGAGACAAGACAAGAUCUUAUGAAGUGUAAUGUCUCCGAGGAACACGAAUGGAACGCUCGUGUAUACGCUCAGGAUUGGAUCCGAGAAUCAAAGGAAGGCUACAAGCAAUCAGACUUGGCGAGUCAAUGCCAUCACAGAUAUAAGAUAUACAUAGAAGGGUCUGCAUGGUCCGUUAGCGAGAAGUACAUUUUAGCAUGUGACUCGGUGACUCUGCUGGUGAGACCCCAUUACUAUGAUUUCUUCACUCGAGGCCUGCUUCCGGCUCACCAUUAUUGGCCCGUUAGGGAGCACGACAAGUGCCGCUCCAUCAAGUUUGCUGUUCAUUGGGGCAACUCUCACAUUCAAAAGGCGCAGGAUAUUGGAAAGACGGCGAGCGAGUUCAUCCAACAAGAACUCAAGAUGGACUACGUGUAUGAUUACAUGUACCACCUUUUAACUGGAUACGCGAAACUCCUUCAGUUUAAACCAGAGAUCCCCCAGAAUGCCAUGGAGAUAUGUUCGGAAACAAUGGCGUGUCCAAGGAGCGGGAACGAGCGUAAGUUUAUGACGGAGUCACUAGUGAAGCACCCUGCAGAGACCGGUCCGUGUACCAUGCCGCCUCCGUACGACCCGGCGUCGUUUUACGCGGUUGAGAAGAGGAAACAAAGUACAACUAAGAGAAUACUACAGUGGGAGAUGAAGUACUGGAACAAGCAGAAUCAAACCGGCUCUUGAAUUUUUUUUAGCUUCGUUUCUUUUUUUUGUUGUAUAGAGAAAUAACAUAUAUAUAAUCCGGUUUAUUGUUGUUAUAGGUUGCCACGUUACAUGUUUCGAGUUUAGGCUAUUUCAUACGGAAUCAGAACGAAAAAAACUUCACACAGUUAUCUAAAUUUAUGAAGAUGUUAUUAUUUAUUA